AUGGCUAUCGAGAGCGGUGAUCAUUCCGAUUUCUCUUCAGAUGACGAGACUUCUUCGAAAAACUUUUUGAUUGUAUCCAAAAAGGCUGGUAGAGAAGUUGAUGCUCAUUUGAUUGAUGAAGGAGCGGAUGAAAAGGAACUCUCUGCCGACUUUGCUAUUAAAAGUGAUCCUCAGGAGGUCCAAAAAGGUGUUACAGACGAAGAUGACGCCAAAAGUAGUAUUCAACGUGAAUUAGAGAAAAAUAAUCAUAAGGAAACUGUAGUAACCAAGAAAAGCUCUCCACAUGAUAAAAGAACACUAAAUGCUACCAAGAAACUCAAUCACAAAACCGGUGUAGUGUACCUUUCGAGUAUCCCCCCAUAUAUGAAACCCGCUAAAAUGAGACAAAUAUUAUCGAAGUUUGGCGAUGUCGAUCGUCUCUUUUUAAGAAGAGAGAAUGAGCAGAAACAUAAACAGAGAACAAGAGGUGGUGGAAAUAGGAAGGUCAUGUAUGAGGAGGGAUGGGCAGAGUUCAUAAGGAAAAGAGACGCUAAGCUUUGUGCUCAAACUUUGAAUGGAAACAUCAUCGGCGGCAAGAAGGGAUCUUUUUAUCAUGAUGACAUUCUAAACGUUAAAUAUUUACCUGGCUUCAAAUGGACUGACUUGACCGAACAAAUAGCUAGAGAAAACGACAUAAGACAGUCAAAAUUAGAGAAAGAAAUAACAUUAGCAAACAAGUUGAAUGCUGAAUACGCUAAAAAUGUUGAAAUUAGCAGAACUAUAACAAACAUGAGAAAGAGCAAGAAAAGGUCCAGUAACGACGACAAUCAAAUACAUCGAAACUUCAAGCAGCACAAAGUAUCCACCACAAGGGCAGAUGCUCCAGAGCACAUCAAAAAUACCAGUUCAUCUAACGAACUCGGCUCUGUACUAAAUAACUUGUUAUAA